AUGCAGUCGGACGCCAAGGACAAGUCUUCCAACCCUAUGCGCGAGCUUCGCGUCCAGAAGCUCGUGCUGAACAUCUCCGUCGGCGAGUCUGGUGACAGACUUACUCGUGCCGCCAAGGUGUUGGAGCAGCUUUCCGGUCAGACCCCCGUCUACAGCAAGGCCCGCUACACCGUCCGUACCUUCGGUAUUCGUCGUAACGAAAAGAUCUCCGUCCACGUCACCGUCCGUGGCGCCAAGGCCGAGGAGAUUAUCGAGCGUGGCCUCAAGGUCAAGGAAUACGAGCUCCGCAAGCGCAACUUCUCCGAGACUGGCAACUUCGGUUUCGGUAUCUCCGAGCACAUCGAUCUGGGUAUCAAGUACGACCCCGGUAUUGGUAUCUACGGCAUGGACUUCUACUGCUGCAUGACCCGCCCCGGUGAGCGUGUCGCUAAGCGUCGCCGCGCGAAGUCCCACAUCGGUGCCAGCCACAAGAUCACCCAGGCCGAGACUAUCAAGUGGUUCAAGAACCGCUUCGACGGUAUCGUCCGGUAA